CUCCGGCUCAGCAGCUGCGCGGCGUUCACGGCCCUGUUUCUCCGGCACGGCGCCAUCAUCAGGUGGCUCUUCAGUCUGCAGGAGGACGGUCCGGUGACAUGUCAGGAGACGACAGCCAGAGGUGACCCCGAAACCAGAGUAAAUGCAUUCACUGCGGAGCGUCUCUGCGGCCAGUUUGGCUAAAGUUAUCAGCAGAUUGUCCACAAGACAGAAGAGCACAGGAGGACGACCUUCGGCUCCACUGGGUUCACGGAUUCUGACCAAUCCUGACGACAUCUUUAAGCACAACAUGUGGGAUCAUGUACAGUGGACGGAGGAAGACAAAGAAAAUGCCCGGCAGAAGGCACAAGAAAAUUCCUCUGUACAAAUUCCUUUAAAUGAACAAGGUAAAUUUGACACAGAAGCUGACCGGUACUGGGACAAGUUUUAUGAGAUGCACCAGAAUAAGUUCUUCAAAGAUCGCAAGUGGCUGUUUUUAGAGUUCCCAGAACUGCUUCCUCCGGAUAGAAAAAGCCAAGAGACGACCAAGCGACAGGUUGAUCAGCAGACAGAAAUCCUGCUACCUUCUGGAUCCAGCAUCAUCCAGCACCUAGAGAGCGGACACCAUCAACACAGUGUUGACAUUCCCCAUCACAGACACACCUCUGAUUAUCAGGCCUGUCUGGGAGGAUCACUAGAACAAAAUGAAGAUGUCCUACAGACCUCUUCUUUCCCUGGACAACAUGCAUCUUUCAGAAUCUUGGAGGUUGGAUGUGGGGCUGGUAACAGUGUAUUUCCCAUUGUUAAUUCCAUAAAAGAAACAGAUGCAUUUUUAUACUGUUGUGACUUCUCUUCACGUGCCGUUCAGAUGGUUAAGACCCAUCCAGACUAUGAUGACUCUGUGUGUCACUCCUUUGUCCAUGACGUUCGUGAGGAGACGGCCUCUUUUCCCUUCCCUCCGCAGAGCCUGGAUGUUAUUCUGGCCGUCUUUGUGCUCUCCUCCAUUCAUCCGGAGCGAUUGCAAGGAGUCGUGAACCGACUCUCUACAUACCUGAAACAUGGAGGGAUCUUCCUUUUCCGUGACUAUGGGAGAUAUGACCUCUCACAGCUCAGGUUUAAGAACGUGACAGCCCUUGUUUGUUUUUUUAUAUAUUUCUUUACAGAAGAAGUCCAUGAUUUAUUUUCCAACGCUGGACUGGAAGAACUUCAGAAUCUGGAGGACAGACGACUGAAAGUGAACAGAGGAAAGAAAGUUGCAAUGCACCGGGUUUGGAUGCAGAGCAAGUACAGGAAGCCACAUCCACCUUCGUCAUCCUGACAUCCCACCGUGCAGAGUCCUUUUUAUAAACUUUGCUGUUUAUUAAUUAAAUCCUGAUAACUGUAUUUUGUUUCUUCCAAACUAGUAUGUGUACAACACCUUUACUGUACACAAUAAACCUAUUAAUCCUAUUUUUAAA